UUGUGUCAGGAAAGGACAACAGGAAGUAAAUGUCCUCUGCUGUCAAAGGGAGAUGCUAAAGCGGUGGCUGGUCAGGGAAGCAAACCUCGCUAUGUACUGGAUUAUCUUCGCAAUAGUGUGUACAAAUGAGCUCCUUUGUUGAAUGGAGGAACGCGUGCCGUACUGACAUCAGCUGCGUUUUGUUGAAAAGUCAUUAAGAUCUUUGGUCAGUCUGGCUUGAAUGCUAGGUAGCUAACGCCGGGGUUAGCGUCUAAAUAUGCUAAAGUUAGCUAGUUUUAGUAAGCUAGUAGACUGAAUUAAUCUGUGAAGACUGCAGUCGUGGGUGAAGAGAGAGGAAAUCGCUGCUAUGAUUCAACCUACUACAAGACACCGACCAGCGUAACCGGCUUUUACUGCAGUUCUGUGUUGUAAUGAGGAGUACCAGAGCCGAGCUCUGAGGGCUCAGAGGCAUGAUGAACUCCGUUUCCCCCAGCGCAGCCCAGUACGUAGGGGUAGUGAUGCAGGAUGAGCUGGCGGAGAGCCGGAGGCAGCAGCCUCUGGAGCGGCAGGGCAGCUUUGGUCUAAGACCGCCACAGACUUCAGAUCCCAGCAGAGAGGCAACCGGAGAGCCUGACGAGAUGGACAAACUGAAAGCCAAACUGAUGUCAGCAUGGAACAACGUCAAAUAUGGUUGGACUGUUAAGUCUAAAACCUCCUUCAACAAGAUAUCGCCAGUCACUGUCCUGGGACACUCCUAUCUCCUCAACAGUGAAGACGAGGUGGAGCGUUUUCGUCUGGCUUUUGUGUCCAGGAUUUGGCUGACCUACAGGAGGGAGUUCCCUCAGCUGGAGGGCUCCACCUGGACCACAGACUGUGGCUGGGGCUGUAUGCUGCGCAGUGGACAGAUGCUGCUGGCACAGGGGCUCCUGGUCCAUUUGAUGCCCAGAGAUUGGGCUUGGCUAGAUGCUCAGCAGCUAACCGAUGUGGACUUUGAGGUGUUCAGACCGCGUUCCCCAGCCCGGGCUGGAGGGGUCCCCAUCCCCUCCUUUGGCUCUCCACGAGGAUCCAACACCCCUGAAAAGUCCCUGCCAAGUGAUCAGGCACCGAAAUGCAGCCAGAGAAAGAGACCUGAGUCUGUGAGGGACAUGCAGGAAGAGCCCAUCCACCACAGGCUGCUCACCUGGUUCGGGGAUCAGCCCCCAGCACCUUUUGGGGUUCACCAGCUAGUGGAAAUCGGCAGAAGUUCAGGGAAGAAAGCUGGUGACUGGUAUGGCCCCUCUAUAGUGGCACACAUACUACGGAAAGCGGUAGCCAAAACAUCUGCAGUCCACAACCUGGCUGUAUAUGUGGCUCAGGAUUGUACAGUGUACAAAGAGGAUGUGGUGCAUCUCUGUGACCUGUCACUAAGCCAGACUCCCCCUGAUCCGUCCAGCCAAGCCUGGAAGUCUGUCAUCAUUCUGGUGCCUGUACGGCUGGGAGGGGAGGCCCUCAACCCGUCCUACAUCGAAUGUGUCAAGAACAUCCUAAAGCUGGAUUGUUGUAUUGGAAUCAUAGGAGGCAAACCGAAGCAUUCACUUUACUUUAUUGGCUUCCAAGACGAGCAGCUGCUGUAUCUGGACCCACACUACUGCCAGCCUGUGGUGGAUGUCUCACAAGUCAACUUCUCACUGGAGUCGUUCCACUGUAGUUCUCCCAAAAAGAUGCCCUUCAACCGCAUGGAUCCCAGCUGUACCAUCGGCUUUUACGCCAAGAACAAGAAGGACUUUGAGUCUCUAUGUUCUGCUGUCAGUGAGGCCCUGUCUUCAUCGAAGGAGAAGUACCCCAUAUUUACCAUUGUAGAGGGCCAGGGUCAGGAUUAUGGACUCGAGGGUCACAGCAGCAAUAACAGUGGACCUGCAGCCCACAUUCUGCCCCCGGGCAAACUGGGCCGGAGUAACAACAGAAGAAACAGUGAUGAGUUUGUCUUCUUGUAAGGCACUGAGGAGGAUGCUCGCUCAUCAGUAGGGGGCAGAAUAGGACCCCUCAUUUCCUUUCAAAGGGAAGAACUAGAUUCUGUUAAUGGUGCAGCUGCAAGGUGGACGUGACGCUUUUGUGCUUUAUUGCCUUCACUGGUCAACGGAAAUAAAAACUGUGUGGCUUCUGUCAUGUUUGUGUGGAUGGAUAUUAUAAGCUAACAGGCAUUAAUGGCUACUGGCUGGAGCAAAUUUUUACUGGGCAAAGGCAUGAUUUCAAAAUGGAUCAUGGCUAGAAAUGUUUCAAGUACUUGAAGUAUUCUUGAUUCACUUUAUCAGACACCUAAAAAGCCUCAAAGUUGAGUGUGUACGACUAAACUCAAGUGCUUUAAUGUACUCCAGUUACACUCAACUACUGUGUUUUUGUCCUGGUGUGAACUGGACACACUGAGGGAGAUUUGUGGUCUACAUGAUAUUUAAUUAGCUAACUGGUCGGGGGGGCUGAUAUUGUUGUUAAAUACCACCUGCUGUGCAUUUCCUUUUUAUUUUUCAUUCUUUACGUUUAAUUUAUCAGGUUUAUGAAUGUGUGAGCGAGUGUGGCGUUAUUGUAGUUUAUUUGUUUUGUCUUUAAUAAGUAUACUGAUGUAUUUAGGAGUCUUUCACGUUGUGUUUCACAGAGGUUUCAAAUUCUUCCAAGAGCAUCUUGAACAGUUGUAAAUUCAUCCUCGUGUGGCAGUCUGGCCCGAAUAUCACACAAAUGACCAGCUCCCACAUGCUUUGGCUCUCCAUUAUUGAUUAUUAAGAAUAUGAAAAUCUGCUACUGCAUUGCUCCUAAAGAGCUCCUGAAGCUCCCGAAGCUCCCAGGUUGGGGGUGAAGAGAAGUGAUCCCUUCGGUUGGAGAUGGAUGUGUAACUUUACCUGGUGAGCUGUGGCUUGUCCCAUGAAGCAGAAGUCUGGAUACAUUUGUAAAGUGAAACCCAGAACACUUCAGGUUCUGGGUUUUACUUGGCAUAGUAUACAGUCAAUAAGACUGUAUGGAGUUUUUGAUCUUCAAGCUUCUGUUGCAAUGUCAUUUGUGUUUUGUUUGUCCCUUUUUUACGUGAAGGCUACUACUGCAACUUGCACUGCUACUGUUAUUUGGUUUGUUGUCCUGAUAAAACUUCAAACACUGGAAUCACAUUUUACUAGUAUCUCACACUUUAUAGAGUGGCAUUUUUGAAGAGAUGCACUCUGUUUUGUUCUUACCUGAUCACAGUAAACUGCAGGAGAAGCAUGUUUAUUCAAAAUGCAAUGUUUGUCUUCUGUAAUUCUCUGAGGAAUGAGUGUCUUUAACAUCAGUUUGUGUUGCAGUUCAUUCCAGUAGUAAAUUGCAUGGUUCCACUGUUCAGAGUUGGUAUGAGGAACUUUUAAAGUUAACUUUUCUCCUGUGACCUGGUUUCACGUUUGUUCACUUUGAACUCUUUGUUAAAUAUCCCUGCAACUUCGACAGAAAGGCUUAUAAAUGAAUGCACAGGUAUGCUGAUGGAUCGGUGAUGACCGUCCAACCCUUUUUUUUUUUUUUUUUUCAAAUUGUGUGCAAAAUGGCAUCCAAUGGUUUAACGUGGGUUAGGUGUUCAACAUUGGUUUGUUAGAGGCAUUAGAGGAUGUAGGCUUUGGAUUGGAUUAACCCCCUUCUCAUUCCAGUCUGUUGGUUUGUUCUUGACAUGAAAUACUAAUGUAUGCAUAAAUUCCAAAAAGGUUUCAAAAGUUCACCAAAUGCUGCAAACUUCAAAUGGACUUGAUUGUCAUGUAAUGCAAUGAUGUUACAGGGUGAGAGUGAAAUCUGCUGUGUACAAUAAAUGUUACACAGGAGAUGCAUUAACACUGUGUAACUUGUUGCUGUAGUUUAGUUUCAGUUUAUUUUAGGUGUUUCAUGGCAGACUAAGUACUGCUGUUGGUCAUUGCAAUGCAAUAAUGUGUUUAUUUCUGGCACAUAUUUUGUGCAUGACAUUUGUCAGUACUGAGAUAGGUGCACGUCUUUAGGUUGCAUUUUUAUUUAUCUUCAUUCUGUGAAAAUCAUCUUGUAUAGAAAAGGUGUCAUAUUUUAUAAGCUUGCAGCUUUGGAUGUCAUGGGUUCAUGCAGCCUUUAGGCCUCUGUGUGUGCAAGUUCUGAGAAAUAUUAAAAUACUUAAUUGGUAAAAACAAGC